AUGGGAGAAUUCCAACAGCAGCUGCUCACUCUUUUUGGGGGUCUAAUUUGUCUGUUAACUCUGGUGAAAUGCAUUAGAUUUUUGAAGUAUUUUUUCCCAUAUGUAUGGAAUGCUUUGCCUCACUCUUUCUUUCGGUCAAUGGGAGAAUGGGCAGUGGUCACAGGAGCAGGAGAUGGAAUUGGAAAAGCAUAUUCCAUGGAGCUGGCAAAACGUGGAUUAAAUAUUGUUAUGAUAAGCAGAACACUUGAAAAACUGCAGAAAGUAGCCACUGAAAUUGAACAAACCACAGGUAGAAAUGUGAAGAUCAUACAAGCUGACUUUACAAAAGAUUACAUAUAUGAGAAUAUUGAAGAAUGUCUUCAAGGCUUAGAAAUUGGCAUUUUGGUUAACAAUGUUGGAAUGCUUCAUAAUCCUCUUCCAUGCCGUUUCCUUAAUGGAGUAGAUACAGACGAGAACCUCAUCAGCUGCAACAUUAUCUCUGUUAUCAAGAUGACACGAAUAAUUUUGAAACAAAUGGAGCCAAGACAAAAAGGACUUAUUCUGAACCUUUCUUCUGGUUUGGGCACCUUUCCUUGUCCAUUAUAUACUAUAUAUUCGGCUUCUAAAGCUUUUGUAUGCACAUUUUCCAAAGCACUUCAAGCAGAAUAUAAGGCAAAGGGAAUUAUCAUACAGGUGGUUGCUCCUUAUGCUGUUUCUACUCCAAUGACAAUGUACCAAAACCCCAAUCUCAUAACAAAGACUGCGGAGGAGUUUGUUAGAGAAUCACUGAUUUAUGUUACUGUUGGAAUGGAGACAUUUGGUUGUUUAGCCCAUGAGAUCUUGGCGUGCAUCCUGCAGCUCAUUCCGUUGUGGGUAUUCCACAGUGACAGAUUUCAAGAGGUGUUCCUGAACACAUUUCCGACUUACCUGAAGAGGAACUGGAAGAGCUUCUAACAAAAUCAACUUUUUAGACCGUGUGAAAUUGUGAAUCCUAGCUUCGUACACUAUAAUUCUAGGGGAUAAAUUCAGCUCUGGAUGAAUUUGGCCCAGCAUGUUUAUUGAAGAAGUUUGCUAAGGGCCUGAGCCAAAGGCCAUUGAAGUCAAUGUUUUUCCAAUGACUUCAAUGGGCUUUGGAUCAGUUACAGAGGGAUGGGAUGCUACAGCUGCUUUUGCUUCUUUAAAUUGAGCUUGUAGAUGGUGGGUAGCUACAGCUGUUUGAUGUUUACAAAUAAGACUAUUUGCAUUAUUUCCAAACAUAGGUUUGUUUGCUUUGAUGCAUUUAGGAAGACUCGCAUGAUCUGUGAAGGGGCUUUGGAUUUUUGUGGGAGGACGCACAGAUUUUGCUGGAGGAGGAAGAGAUCGUGGGAAGAAGUUUUAGAGGAUGGAGGGAAUCUGUGCAUCGGGGCUUUGGAAGUUUGCAGGAACAGUGUGUAUUAGUGGAAAGGGAUUUGGAGUCCUCCAACGCAUUUUAUAUGAAUCCCUGUCAGAGACAGGAUACUGGACUAGGUGGACUAACUUCUAAUUCUGUGUUUGCAGGAAGAUGAAAGCUUAAGGUGAAGCCUUUGAAUCUAGAUUGUGUAAUGUUUUCCAAAUAACUUUCAGAACUUCUCUUUAUUUUGUGUAGAAUUAGGAAGUGAGAGUUGUUUACA